AUGGGGCUUAACGACGAGAGGAGUUACGAAUGCAACUACAACGUCCCAAGCCGCGAACUCCCUCGUUUCGUACCGCCGAUCAGAGUCAGAUUUGUCGAGAGCGAGAUCGAUGCUGCUCUUGUGCAGUCGGUGUUUGAUAUAGAGAUUGAGGAAGACUCGGGGGCAUAUACUUUAGUGGGAAUUUGUGAGGAUAUGGAUAUGGAUAUGACGGAAGUGGAAGAGGUGGAAGAGAGAAAGGGAAUUGGGGAGAGUGUUAAGGCUCGAGGUGCGGAUGUGAGGGAGAUGGAGGAAUUGAAGGGGAUGAAGGGGUGA